AUGGCUACAACUGCAGCAUCUCCUCAAACCUCGAAACCCGCGGCGCCGCCCACAUUUCUUGCCGAUACCUCUACCGCUGCCGGCACCGAUACCGUUGUUGGCACUGGCAUCCGCAAUGGUUCUGCACCGCGAAUCCCUGCACUAGGCCUCACGGACGCAGUGAAUGGGUUUGGUGUCUUACAACAUACUGGUCCGCCGGUCCAAGAUGACGUCCCGGGCCUUUACAGAGAUGGACGUGUCCGUAACCCUGUGCCUAGUAAGCUGAAGGGCAAAACAGACGCGAGGAAAGGAAACUUUGGAGUUAUGCAUAUAGACCUCACCACCACCAACGAAAUUCGGGAGCGCGAUGCAGCAGCCAAACGCACGAGUGAGGGAACGCAGCUUGCAGCCAGACUGGCCCAAACAGACCGUUACAUUCCUAUCAGACGGAGUAAAUUUGUCUAUCGACCAGAAGGUCAGGCCUCAAAUAGUCCGCCGCAGUUCGACGCACCACCGCAGCUCAACGCACUGCAGCUCAAUGCAGUCCGGGAGACAGUCUGGAAAACGGCCCGGGGGAGGGCCUCGCCACUCACGGCUGCCGAGACGAUAGCUGAACGAGCUCGACUCCUGACUCUGUUGCGAAGCCUGCAUCCCGAUUUGGUUGUUGACCAGCUAUGCAAGGCACUGAAUUUUUUUGGCGGCAUUGCCAACGAGCACACAUCGCCCGGCGGAUCCUUUCCGGUCAGCGCCGAGGCGAAUGGGCCUGGGUCUCUGUUUGUUGGCUGGCUGGCUGAGAUCUUUCCGGCUCUCGGUCAAGAAUCAAUACCGAGCGCACGGCAAGCGAAUCUGAGACGACCACGCGGUCGUCCCAAAGGAAGCAGAAAUGCCAAGGGCAAACAGGUUGACCUUGUUGGGCAGCGACUGGCUUCAGGAGCUCGUGCAGCAGAAAUAGCAUCGGACAACAGUGCCGGCGAUGAUAUGGUGGAGAGGUUUGCGAUGGAUGAUAGCUGGGUCGAUAUUGAUGACACCGUCGCAGACACUGACAGGGACGCUUCGCAAGGGGACAUCGAGCGAGUGGUCACGACUCCAGUAUCCAGUCGGGCAGUAUGCGGCCCAGGUGCUCCCGGCGGAAUGCCGGGAUCCGGCUCCGUUCAGACCCCUACCAUCACGCCGACCCCUAAGCGAAGAGGUAGACCCAAAGGCUCGAAAAACCGACCAAAAGAUAAGACACCUUUGACUCAUGAUACCCAUGAGAAGACGAAUGAUGCAUUUGAGAGCACAACGACAGGUCUCUCUGUCCAGCGAAUGGCUGUUGAUCCUCCCGGAUCUUCAAGCAUGUCCGUACACUUGAGCACUUCGGCCGGCCCUAGCGAGCUCGGAGUGCCGCUCGUUAAGAAACGCAAAGGGGGCCCUGGUCGUCCUAAGGGAUCCAAGAAUCGCCCGAAAGAACCGGCACCUGUACCUGGCUCUCAAUCUCAUCCGACAUCGUCUGUGUUGACUGCAAAUGACAAACGGGAUGGGCCGCAGUCCGCUGCAUUGGGUGCUUCCGCUCAGCCGCCGUCUGUUGCUUUUUCCGUAUCACCCACGCGAGACCUACAGCACGAGCAGAGACCUGGUACUCAAAUAAGCUUGGCUUCUCGGUUGGUGUCGGAGACUGCUAGCGAAUCCGCUGCGAUUAAGCCACAAGCCAGUGAGGUCUCCACAGUCGCAAUGCGUAAACGGAAAGCUUCUCAAGAAGGCAAAAUCAGCAGUUCUAACAAUGAUCCGUUGAUAGCUGCCUCGCCUUCUAGCCCAAACCCCGCCGGUGGGCUUACUGCUAUUACUAGCGAGAACCUCCCAUCGCCGCAGGUGACCCGGUCUCAAGGCUCACAAGGUCAGGAUGGCACGCUUACCCAUCAGCCAGUGACCAAGAGACAGAAGGUUUAUAAAGAGCCGCACCAAGAUGUUCCUACAAACAGCCGAAUGACGCAAGCUAGCCAUAACAGUCAGACUGGACAGCAAGGCCAACGCGGGCCACAAUCAACAGAGCCAACGCGAGUAGACCUUCGCAACGGCAGCCUUAUGGAUGCCGAUAAUUCCAAUUUGCAGAGGUCGAGAAACCACAUAACCGCUUCUACAAACCGAUCCCCGCUCCAUCUCAACUCGCAGCAAGCUCAAUCUGACCCGCUGCUUGGAUAUAGCCAAAGCCUAAGAACCUCACCCGCCGGGCGAGAAGCUGAAAGGAUUGAGACAACUGAUUCCUACUCCUUGAACGUGUCAUCAAGGCACGGCAUGUACAACCAAGAUGGACCGGCUCAGGGGCAACAGCAGCAACGUCUCUUUCGUCAGCAAGAGCAACACCAGCCAGCUUCACGCAACCUACCGAAUGGCAGCCAGCAUCGCCUUAGCAGCUCAGUUACCGGCCAAAUUCCGCCAACACUAGACCAAAACGGGGACAACUAUACAGCGUCUACACGUGACGGAGAGUAUCACGGGUUAGUGGGUGUUCAGCCACCUGCGUACAGCACUCAUAUGACCGUAUCCGCGACCAUGCGAGAAGACAAUUACCGGACUUCGACGUCGCGCCCUUUGCAGCAUCAGAAUUCUACGUUCCAUGCACGACAGGAUCACCCAACGCAGAACACUGGGAUGUCGUCUUUCCAAGACUAUCCCGACUCGGCAUUUCUGGACAUGGCGGGGCUAGACACAGCUAGCCAAACCAGCUUAACAGUAAAUCCGACACAGUACAAUGUCAACGAUGCGGAGAUGCAGCGUGCAUCACCCAACAUGAACCCGACAUAUGGCUCGUCAAGCUUAGGCCAGUCGUCUUUUGAUGGCGGCAUGACGGAAUCUGCAAUGAGAGAACGCAUGUAUCAUACUUUGAGACGUCACUAG